ACCCAGUUAGGUGACAGCCUUCUCUUUGGUGGCAACUUUCAUAAGGCUCCGUUGUUGUGAAGCAAUCUGGCGUCCAUAUAAGGAGAGAAGUGGUGUUUGUGUUACGAAGGAGAAAAGUGGUGUUUGUGGUACGUUCAGUCAGCGUGUAGAGAGAGAGAGGUUGUUGGCGCACCUGAGCUGAUAUUCUGCAACGAGAAACCGCUUUCAGACAUAUCGAUUGGGAGAUGGCUGAGGAAAACGCGAAUCCGGAGCAAAGAGAUGCUGAACAGGGCCAGAUUGGAGCGGAAAAACAAGGCAAAGGGAUAGCGCUGGCGGCGGUCGUGCUCGGGGGCGUGGUGAUGGGGAUACUGACGGUGGCGUUCGCGCUGCUGUCCUUGGGCCUCACCAUCGCCUUCAUCACCGUCGGCGCCAUCUACCAAGAUGAUUGCAAUGUGGAGCCCAUGAUCCCCGUAUGGCUUAUCGUGCAAGGAGUGAUUUCCUUCGUCCUGACUCUUUCGGGGCAAUCGAAGAACUCGGAACGCAAGUCGGUGUUCUCCCUCAUUAAGAUAGGCUUGUUAUUCAUCGUUCAGCUGUUUGCCUUCGGGUGGUUCAUUGUAGGAAACGUGUGGGUGUUCACGGCAUGGGCCAAGAACCCGGAUUUCGAGGACUUGACGCAGAAGAACAGCUGUCACAAGGGACUGUUUUACUUGGCUCUCAUCGGCGGGGUGAUCCUCCCAUAUGCCGGUCUUGCUCUGAUACUUACCAUUAUAUGCUGUGUCUGGGUUUGUAAACGCAUAGCCAUGGAUAACUGAGCGUGAACUGAAAGAAUCUUUGGUGAUAGCAUGUUAUAUUUUAUAGCACGUGACAUAUUUUGUAUGCUAUAUAACAUAUUUCACAUAUAUGUUAUUGUCAUAGUUAUCCAUUCUGAUUAACAUGUAGCAUAUUUUAUGUAUAUGCAGUCAUAGGUAUCCAUUUUGAUCAAACUGUAUUUUGUUGUAUUUUAUUUCCAUUUUGAUUAAUUUGUAUUUUGUUUCCACUCCACAUAGUUCAAUAUGCUUGGAUAUAUCCGUGCGGAAGUGAUUACUAAUUUGCAAUCUCAGGGUCUGUGGUUCCAAGAUCUAGAUAUGCAGGUGUUAACACGCGCGAGCAGACAGUGAGUCACUGGGGCCCUACAAACCUUACGCAUCGUAUCUUUCUAUCGGACUAUCUAUAUACUUAUAUAUACACACACACACACACACACACACACACACACACACACACACACACACACACACACACACACACACACACACACACACACACACACACACA